AUGAUUCAUGGUUUAACGGGCCAUUGUUACCAUUUACAGUUAAGGUCCGCUUAUGUUGUAGUUUUUCCGACGGCUGGAAUUGUUAGAAAUGGAAUUGAAGUCGUGGUUAGCUUGUUUGGUUAUACAAUGGAUAAGCCAGUGAAGUUAGCAAAAGUGACGAAGAUUCUCGGACGUACCGGUUCACAAGGACAGUGUACACAGGUGCUUGUUGACUUUAUCGAUGAUCCUUCAAAUCGCUCAAUUAUCCGUAACGUAAAAGGACCAGUUCGAGAGGGCGAUAUUCUGACAUUAUUGGAAGCAGAAAGGGAAGCCCGUCGUCUUCCCGUAUUGUGUUGUGAUCCGAAAAAUAUGUGCUCGCUGGAAACGGGUACAGUUGAGGUGGCAGAAUGCAAGAUUGGCAUAACUUUUAUGGGCAGAGGGUGCCAAAGACAUACUAAGUGUUUGACAUGGUCUAAAGUUAUCAAUGUGGUAGCAUUUGCUUCUGCGGGAAGUGUUUGUUUUGUGGUUCCAAAGCAAAAUAAUCGAUGUAUAGCUGUAGAAAAUGCAGUGAAGGCGCAUGAUUUUCCAAUAACUUGUUUGAAAUUUGUUUCAUGGUAUCAUUGUAAUGGAUUUUUAGCUUUUGGUUUGGAUUAUCUCAUAACAGGAGCGGCAGAUGGAACUGCUCGUUUAUGGGCAGUACGAAUAUCAGACAGAACAGUUGUUGCGAAGCUAGUUAAUGAUAUUGGAAAUGUAGCAACAAGACUUCCUGUGAAUUGUUGUGCCGGUUCAGUUUUUAGCGAAGCGAAUAGAGAUAUUAUUAUUGCGAUUUAUGCUAUUCCUGAUGGUUCAUUAGUUGCUGAACAGAUUGCUGUCGAUAGAGUAUCUUUGGAGAGAACAGAAAAGCAAAGCUAUGACAAAAUCGUAUUUCAACCAGCUUUCAUUGUUUCUGUUGCUGUUCAUAUAAUAUCAAGUGACAAUGUGUUGUUCGUUCUGGGGACAACAAAUAGUAAUGUUGAAGUAAUUUGUGCCAAAUUUGCUUAUAUUUCUUCACAAUUACGAAAAGCCGUAACUCUUCAAGGGCAUACUGACUGGAUUUGCAGUAUAGAUAUACGAGCGUACGAAAAUGAUAUUUGGAUAGCAAGUGGUGGGCAAGAAAAUAUCCGUCUGUGGCGUUUUGAUCUAUUGCAAGACAAUGAAGUAUGUACUGAUAGCGAUUCUCAAUUACAAGCUCAAUUUCAAUUAUUUGAUGAAGAUACUAAAGCUACUUGCACGAUAAAUGUCACCCUUGAAGGUGUUUUAAACGCCCAUGAUGAUUGGAUUUAUUCAGUGGAAUGGCAUUCUAGCAAGUUACAAUUGUUAAGUGCAUCAAAUGAUAAAACAAUAAUCAUAUGGGAACCAUCCGAAAUUGCUUCUGGAUUAUGGUUCGAUUCUGUACGUGUUGGUGACGUUGGUGGACAGGCGGUUGGUUUUUUUGGAGCUUGUUUUUCUCCUGAUGGUUACACAAUCCUUGCUUAUUCAUAUUUUGGUGGCUUUUGUUCAUGGCAAGUGGAAAAAGAAGACAGCAGCUACUGGAAAAGUGUUUCAACUUUCGGUGGACAUUCUGGACAGGUUAGAGAUAUUACUUGGGAUCCUACCGGAAGUUAUUUGUUAUCAUGCUCUUAUGAUCAAACAACUCGGUGUUAUGCUCCUUCUGCUAACGAUGGUGUAAUAAGCGAGAUUGCACGGCCACAGGUGCACGGUUAUGAUUUGACAACCAUCGCAUCUAUUUCAAGUAGUCGCUUUGUCUCGGGUGCCGACGAGAAAAUUCUUCGUGUUUUCGCUGCGCCACGUAAUUUCGUCGAAAGGCUAAAGAUUGUUUCGAAGUAUGAUUGCCAGUUAUUUCCGGACCCCACUCAAAUUGCUGGAUACAGUGCAGCCAUUCCAGCGCUGGGUUUAUCAAAUAAGAUUAUCGACAAUGUAAAUAUUCGAGGUAAAGAAAAUUUGGCAGUUGGAAAUGCAAUGAAUUGCGAUGAAGGAGUGCCUGUUGAGGAAUGCUUAAUGCAAGAUACACUAUGGCCAGAAAUUCAAAAAUUAUACGGCCACGGAUUUGAAUUAUUUACGGUUGCAUCAAAUCAUUCUGGUACUCUUAUUGCAAGUUCAUGCAAGGCAAGUCGUGCUGAAAACGCGGUCAUCAUCAUAUGGGACAGUAAGGAAUGCAGGCGUCAAUGCGAACUGCAAUGUCAUAAGCUUACUGUUGCACAGUUGGCUUUCUCAAAUAAUGAUUCAUUUCUUCUUUCUGUUUCCCGCGAUAGAACUUUUGCUAUUUCUGUUUGCUCUUCGCAAGAUCCUUUUGACUGGAAACUUCAAUUGACGUCGGAGGAAAAGUACAGUAAAGUGCAUUCUCGUAUCAUUUGGUGUUGUGCGUGGGCCCCGGAUGAUAAAUAUUUCGUGACUGGAGCAAGAGAUAAGAAGUUAUGUCUUUGGCGUUUUGAUGGGAAUGACAUUCAACUUGUUGCAGAAAGGAAACAUUUACAUGCUGUUACAGCAGUAGAUUUUAUGCCAAAAUUAUGGAACAAACAUUACAUUCUGGCUGUUGGUUUUGAAAACGGUGAAAUCGAAAUUGAAAAAUGGAAUUUCGAUCAAGACCCCAUUAAUAGUAAUGAUAACUGCUUGAAACGGUGGUUGGCUCAUUCGGGAACGAUAAAUAGGCUGAAGUUUCGUCCAAAAGAAGGAUCCUGGUUAGGCAAUGGUGAUGUAAAUAACCAUAUUUGGGAAUUUGCUUCAGCGAGCAAUGAUCAUUCCGUUAUAGUUCAUCAUUUAAGUUUGUUGUGA